AUGUAUACCCUCACCAACAUCGAUCAGCACCACUUCUCCGGUCCCGACGACGUCUACGUGCUCGAGGCGCACCGCACAGCAGCAGGACUCGCCACCGUAGCCUCGGACCAGACGCUCUCGCUAUUCAACCCUGCUCGACUCGGAGCCGGGCCUGUGUCGAGCCUCAAGACGAGCCAUGGGAACGUGACGACGCUGCGGGUGUUUGACGCGGGGAGUUCGUUGGUGUGUACGGCUGGUGAGAAUGGGUCUGUUGGGGUUUGGGAUUUGAGGCAGGCGGCGAGGGUUGCGCAUUUUCAAGCGGCCGAGGCAUCCAUCUUGUCAUUGGCAUGCAGCGCAAACACACAAACAAUCGCCGUCGGCACAGAGCUGGAGAACCACGUCGCCUCAAUACAUCUCUGGGACGUCCGCUCCACCCCGACCCCCAAAGCAAGCUACUCCGAAGUCCACAGCGACGACGUCACCUCUCUCGGCUUCCACCCGUCCUCGCCCAACUUGCUCAUCUCCGGCUCGACCGACGGCCUUGUCAGCAUCCACGACACGACCAUCACCGACGAGGACGAGCUGACGGUGCAGACGUUGAACCACAACGCCUCGAUCCACGACGCGGCGUUCCUGACGCCCACCGAGGUUUUUGCGCUGUCGCACGACGAGACGUUUGCGCUGUACGACGUUGCCGAGGAGAGGACUGAUGGGAGUGCGACGCAGGAUUUCGGGGACUUGAGAAAGGUGCUUGGGUGUCAGUAUGUGGCGAAUGUGACUACCAAGUUGGAUGGGAGCGGUGCUAUAUUGGGCGCGGGUGCUCAGGAUAAACAAAACUUUGAACUCGUCUUCCUAGCCAAGACACCGAACAACGCUUGGGCACUCGACCACGACAAUAGAGUUGUCCUACCCGGCGCACACGGCAGUGAGAUUGUGCGCUCGUUUUGCUUUUUUGACGACGAGCAGGUUGUGUUUACGACGGGAGAAGACGGGAAUGUGAAGGCAUGGAGGGCGGGUAACUGA